AGCAUUAGCCAUCGUGCAAUGGCCGCGUAAAGCCGACUGUGGGUUGAGUGCCGGGCAAAGUUCCAACUUUAUCUUGUUUAUUGUCAAAAUUUGACCACUUUCGGACACACAUUAGUGAUUGCUGAAGGAUUUCUCAAUCGUUUUAUCAAGAAACGUGGAAUUGAAGCUCAUGGAAGGCCCGAGCCUCGUUAUUUACCUUUAAUUUGCUGGCAGUUGUUGGCCGAUCACUGGACCAGACGCCAGUGUCGUCUGCUUUCAUCAUUUUCGCUAAAGGUGUAAUCGAACAAAGUCACCUCUACCGAGAACCAUGUCGGAUUUCUACGAAGAACAUUGCUACCUGUCCAACAGCGAAGCGGAACCGGAUUCGGAAACCGAAGAUGCCGUCGUUAAACCGGCGGCCAAAGCGGAACUGGCGUGGGAGGAUCCCCAAGCGCUGCUCAACACUUGGCUAGGAGAAUUGGAUAAUUUGAAUAUGGGCUUGGAAAACGGAAGUAGCGUGACGGCGUCGGGACUAACAUCGGGACCUCGCCCACUCUCGGUUCCGGAUGUCGAUAAGCUACAACUGCUGCACGAACCGCGAAUCGACAGUUAUCGUUUCUCCAUGGCGAAUCUCGAAGAAUCGCAAGAUGUAGAACUCGAUGCUAUUUUGAAGGAACUCUGCGCUCUCGGAUCUCAGUUUGAUCAAGAGCUUAAAGAUGACGAUGGUCCGCGUUCCACCAGCAUCAGAUCAUCAGUACCAGCGGAUACUUUAAAGAAGAUCACGAACAGUAACAACGAUCAAAACGAACAAUUGACGAAAACGACCCACACACGAUCGAACUCCGGAGGAUGCCAAGCAAAUAUUAAAAUGAGAAUCGAUUUAACCCCAGAUACGACAGACUCUACCAGUAGAACUGACUCAGGAAUGAGAACAGAGAGCCCGGAUAAUGAUUCAGCUUUUUCGGACAAUAUAUCUAUGCUCUCGAGUGAAAGCUCAGCUUCAUCGGGAGCUAGCGCAGCCAGAACGGACGCCUCUACCAAAAGUUCAACGUCGAACGCUUCGUCUACGGGUUCAUCGACGAUCGUGGCGGCCGAUGAAGCGGCUCGUCUCAAAGCUGAAAAGAUUCGUUUAGCAUUAGAGAAGAUGCGAGAGGCCAAUGUCAAGAAACUUUACAUCAAAGCCUUCACUACCGACGGUAGCACCAAAUCCCUACUCGUCGACGAGAAAAUGACUGUGGGUCACGUAACGCGGAUGCUUUCAGACAAGAAUCACGUCCGCAUGGAGCCCAAGUGGGUCCUGGUCGAACACCUAACCGAAUUAUACAUGGAGCGCGUCUACGAAGACAAUGAAAUGCUGGUUGAUCAGCUGAUGCUGUGGACUCGCGAUUCGCGCAACACCCUCCUCUUUGUCGAGCGACCGGACAAGUACAGCAUUUUCUCUCGGCCAGAAGAUUAUCUGCUGUCCUUCAACUCUUCGUCGGAAAAGGACCGCCAUCUCGACGAUGACGGCCGAUCGGCAUUGAUUGAAGAAUUCUUUUCGGGUACGGGUGGCAAUGGCGUCGGGGUCCCUGAGAUUGAAGGUCCACUUUAUCUCAAAGCGGAAGGCAAAAAAGCCUGGAAGCGAUUUUACUUUGUACUACGCGCCUCGGGCAUUUACUACUCUCCCAAGGGCAAGUCGUCGUCGAAAUCGUCUAAGGACUUGGUCUGCUUGGCCACUUUCGACGUCAAUCAAGUUUACACAGGUGUCUCGUGGCGCAAGAAGUUCAAGGCGCCCACCGAUUUCGGUUUCGCCAUCAAACAUCCGAAACUGCAGUCGAGAUCAUCAAAGUUCAUCAAGUAUUUGUGCGCGGAAGACGAGCGGACUUUGGCCCGAUGGAUUAUGGGCAUCCGGAUCGCCAAGCAUGGCCGGGCAUUAAUGGACAAUUACCGCGCAUUGGUCGAAGAGUUGGCACAGGAAGAUUUGGACCAGCUCGCCAACGCGCGCAGUUUCUCUUUGGCUUCCGUUAGCCUCGGUGGCGCCACCACUACGACAGCGGCCGCAUGCGAGUCCGUGGCCGACGAAAAUGAAACGCCGGUCAACACGCUCGAACGUGGAAUAGUUGGAUUCAACACGUCGAGGUCGCUCUCUCGGCAAGACAGUCUCAAGAGCCGGGCAUCCAACUCGUCAUCCAGCGGAUGUUUAUCCGAACGCUCCAGCAACGGCACUGCUACGCCGACCUUCGAAAACGCCUUUGAUUCGGACUUUCCCAUGGGCACCAUUAAGCGGAAGCCGUCGAUGACACCCAAACUUCCUCUGACGUCGACGACGCGGUUGCUGGUCAAAGAACUUGAGGACACUGUGGACGGCCCCUCCGCCAUGGAGGCGCGCAACACCCUCAGGCAGAGCUGCCGAAAAUCGCUUAACGAGGAGGUGAAUACGAUCCGGCGCAAAAGCAACGCUGCGUCCAACAUUCAAAGUGCUCCGGUCAGUUGCGUUGUCGAUUCAUCGCGAUCCAUCGUGGACGAGAUGAACGAUUCGCAAGACGUCGACUCGCUACCGCUACCGCCGCCACCCACGUUCAGCUCUCCAGACGAUGGCAUUAGCUGCGAUGCAGAUUUGCUGCCUCCUCCUCCGCCGGAAGCUUUCAAUCAAACGGAUUGCGGUUCGUUCCCGCUUCCUCCGGCCGAAUUACUUGCUUCCAACGCGUCAUUUCUUCCCUACCAACAGUCCAUGUCGCCACGUAUAUUAAGAUGCAAGCCACCUAGUCCUACCCCUCCGCCACCGAGCGUGCCUGGAACUUUGAAACCGUGUUUGAAAUCGAGCUCGUUGGCCCCGAACGUACCACCGAAACCUCUGAUUCCCCUCAAUUCGAAACGGGAGAGUGUCAACUGUCAAGCGAUCUACGCCAACUCUGACAAGUCGGCUAUGCCACCUCCUCCGCCACCUCCGCCAACGCAGAGCCCGAGCAAAAAGAACAGAAGGAUUACGUUCGACGAACACGUCGACUGCAGUCCGUCGCCGUCGUUGAUGAACUCGCCUCCGAAACCGCCCCGACCGCCCAUUCUUCCGAAACGGGUUGACCCUUUACGUUCUUCGCUGAAACAGCAGCCGAUUCCACAGAAAUUGACGGCGCCCGGGUGCACCGUCACUCCGCCGCGCGAGUUCCUUAAGGACCUGCAACGGGUGAUGCAGAAAAAAUGGCAGGUAGCCCAGAAAUGCAAAGACGACACCGAGGUGACGCCACAUUCGGUGCUCGGGUUCAGAGACCAACCACCGCCCAUUGCGCCCGUCCCAGCCGCCUAUAAAGAAAACAGCGUUCGAGCGUGGGUGGCCGAGCACUAUGGGUCCGGCUCUGAUGUCAUUUCCUCUGACAACUCGAUGGGAUUUUACGAGAACGUCUUCGUGCCUUCGUCAACAACGGUGGCCACCUCCGCCGCACCUGGCGACGAGUAUCGCAACACGGUCGAACUGCGGGAAUACACGCAUCCAUACUUGCCCGUUCAUGCGAGUCACACGCAUUCAGCGCGAAUGAGCUCGGCGUCGACUGGAACGAAUAUUUCGACGACCAGUAGCAAACGCCUACCCCCUCCUCCGCCUAAGCGAAGCGAAACGACCCACUUAUCAACUCGAAUUCAUUGAUUAUCAAGCGUUCCAAUAAGAAACUAAAGAGAAAUUAGCAAAUACCGACCUUGUCUUUUAUGUAUAUAGAAUGAGACGUCCUCUAGAAUUGUAAGGAUUUAAUUUUUUCUUUUUCUUGUGUUUUUUUGUUUUGUUUUUUUCUUCAAGAGAAGGAGUGCCUUGUUUUUUUUUUUAAUCCUUAUUAUUAUUUUAGCAAAAAUUUAGCAGAAGUUUUCCAGAAAAUGUUUUGGGAGUUAUCUGGUCAGCGCUGUGUAAGCUACUCUUGUUGCAGCUCUUAUCUUAGUUCGAAUGAGAAAAUGCAGCACCUGUUGGCGAAUUGGUAUCAAAAAAUCUUCCUUUUUUUUUUUUUUUUUUUUUUUUUUUAAUACCAACAUCUUAUAUACCUAAUGGUAAUUAUAAAAAUCGCUAAAUAUGAUUUAGCGUCACCCAGGAUAUCGUGCCGGUAACCUACUUAGCGAGAGAAGAGUUUUGCUACUACCUACCAGCAUAUUUUUGUUUUUAAACUAUAUUUUGAGAGAAGUAAGAUGCAUCGCCAAGUGCCAAAUUAUUAUAUUCAGCGCUUUUUGUUGACACUCCAAUUUCAUCCGACGAUGUUUUCUUCGUCUUUUGCAGUUUCUUGAUCCCUCCCUCCCCUGUUUUUCUUGGUUGUGUGAUUUCCGUUUUUCCUUUACCACCCUCUCCGUACUGAUCCUUAAUCGCAUUUGAUCUGGUAAACCGUGGCGCUGCAGGUCACUAUUUUAUUUUACCCCGCAUUAUCUUUGUUGUUUCAUAAAACUUUAGUGGUUUUAUCACACGCUUCGAUCGUCUAAUACGAUUUCGAAGCAUCUGAUUUAAUGCGAAAACCUGCUUAUUCAUCCACUUACUUAGUGCUGUCCUACAUUGUUGCACUGUAAAUCAGGUGUGUGUGUGUGUGUGUGUGUGUGUGUGUGUGUGUGUGUGUGUGUGUGUGUGUGUGUGUGUGUGUGUGUUUGCGUUCACCCGUCAAGCGUGUGAUGUUGGUUUUUCGUACCGGGGAAAAGAAAAAUUUAAUUGGGAUCAAUGAAUCGAUUAACAUAGGUUUCGAAAUUUGUGUUAUGUAUCAUACAUAAUAUAUAACGUGUAUUACCGUCUUUCCGUUUUAUACAGUGUUUUUUUUCUUUCUUUUUUUUCAAAGUCGACCUCAUGCGCUGCUGGUAUAUAAUGCUAUUUCAGAUGUGUUAAUAAAAAAUCAAAUACAGUUUCGCAGUCCAGCGGAAAGAUUCCACGAA